UUCAAAUGUGGGCCUCGAAAUAAAAAGACAACAACAAAGGAAAAAUCGCAGAACUCCAUUUUUUACGCUCUCUGCACGCAAUUUGCCGGUUUUCCGUACAAAAAGAUUCGUGUGCUUCUAGAAAUUAAAGAUUAAUUCUAUACAGAAUGUCCAAGAAAUUGCUGAUGCUGCUACCUCAUGGCGCUGAGGAAAUGGAAUUUGUCAUUUGCGUCGACGUUUUGCGACGCUGCGGGGUUAAUGUUACGGUAGCCGCGCUUAGCGAUAAAAUCGUCAAGUGUUCCCGGGAUGUGGUCAUCAAUGCUGAUACAACGCUAGACGAGGCUGCUAAGGAAGAUUUUGAUGCAAUCGCCCUACCGGGAGGGCUAGGUGGCUCUAAGGCCAUGUGCGCUUCCUCUCAACUGGGCGAACUACUGAAAUCGUACGAAUCCAAAAGAAAGCUGAUAGCAGCUAUUUGUGCCGCACCGACUGUGCUACUGACCCACUCCAUUGCCCUCGGCAAAACAUUGACAUCCUAUCCGUCCUUCAAGGAUGAUUUCGCUGGAAAAUACACAUACGUCGAAGACAAAACGGUGGUUGUCGAUGGCAAUCUGGUGACCUCGCGUGGACCGGGCACGGCUUUUGAUUUUGCUUUGAAACUUGGAGAGAUUUUGGUUGGCUUAGAUAAGGUUAAGCAGGUUGCAUCUGGAAUGUUGUAUAACUUGAACUGAACGUCGAAUUUAAUAAUGUGACACCCAACGUUGGAGUAUCAAUGAUCUGGUCAUAUGUACAUAGUGUAAAACAAUUUGAGAAAUAGAGGAAAAAUUACA